AUGCUGACAUUGGCCAGUAAGCUGAAGAGGAAUGACGGAGGACAAACGGGCCGAGCUGGCGGUGCCUCGGACGCCACUCACAGGGUCUCCAUCAGGGACCGUCUCCUUACCAAAGAAGUCGCUGAACUUGAAGCCAAUCUUCCUAGUACAUGCAAAGCCAAUUUCCCAGACGAGGACAAGCUGCACCAUUUUCAGCUGGCAGUGUCUCCUGAUGAAGGUUACUACCAAAGUGGCAGAUUUCAGUUUGAAAUUAAUGUCCCCGAAGCCUAUAACAUGGUGCCUCCAAAAGUGAGAUGUCUAACCAGAAUAUGGCAUCCAAAUAUCACCGAGAGUGGAGAAAUAUGCCUAAGCCUAUUGCGUGAACAUUCGAUAGACGGCACAGGUUGGGCCCCCACCAGAACAUUAAAGGAUGUGGUCUGGGGAUUGAACUCGUUAUUCACAGACUUGUUGAAUUUUGAUGACCCGUUGAACAUUGAUGCGGCAGAACAUCAUUUGAGAGACAAGGAGGAUUUUCGAAACAAAGUUCAAGAUUACAUCAAGCACUAUGCCAGAUGA